GUCAGUUGUGUCACAUUAAAAACCGUCCGUGUGACUUGUCGAGCCAAAAAUUCUUCCAGGAUCCAAAACCGAAGAGGGAUGUUGCAGCGUCCCAAACCAACUGACUCUGAGGCAGACCUCCUGAGAGAGCAGGAGCAUUUUCUGACCUCUGGUGCUCCAUCUGCUGCUAAUGUGGUCCGACGUCCCGACAAGAGGAGAGGAGAGGCUGGAGAAGCCGAAAGAGACAGUGGGGAGACUGGAGGAAGUCAGAGAGAUGUGGUCACCAUAGAAGAUCUUCCAGACCAGCUCCCCUCUCUAACACCUGCCCCUCCUAAAAAGUCCCGCUUUAAAGCUGGCCGUGUCACCUUUGAAGAUGAGGAUGCCGAGGAAAGGCUGGACAGAAGCGACACUCACAUCAGCGCUGUUCUCUCCAAGAUUGUUGAGAGAGAUACCAGCUCUGCUCCAAUAUCUCUACCAGCGUUUACAGGCACGGCUUUCCCCAAAGUACUGCACCGCUCGGAGACCAACAACCAGCCACCACAGUCAUCAGCUGGAGGAAAGAAAAGCAUCUUUGCUCGUCAGAUUGCUGCACAGAGACUGAAGGAGGGCAAGACAGCAGACUUCAGAAAGCAGAACCUCCCAACAGAAACUAGUAUGGAUAUAGAUCAGCCCCCUGCAGUCUCAGGUCCCACAUUGGUAUCAGGGCAGGGGCUUGGUGGCUCAGAUAGCUCAGGAGAGACCAUGAGGAUCCACAAGGAGAACCAGGCCAAGCUUCAAGCAAUGUCCCAGUCUGAGAUACUGGAGGAGCAGCAGAAACUCUUAUCUCAGCUUGAUCCUGGACUGGUUGAGUUUGUUAGAUCCCGCAAAGCCCAAAGCGUCCCAUCUGCUGCUUCACCAUCCAAACACGCCGAGGACAAAAGCAACAAGGAGGAUCUUCCUCUUCAAAAUGCAAGCAGAGAGUUGAAGUCUGCCAGUGCUAAUGUGCUGUUUCAGAAAGGCCAAGAAGUGGAGAUGGAAGGAGAGGAGGAGGAGGAGGAGGAAGAGGAAGAGGAAGUGUCACCACCACCUGCUGUGACGGAGGAGGAUCUGCCAGUGAAGCCUCAGAAGGAAUGGGUCCACAUGGAUAAACUGGAGCCGGAGAAGCUGGAGUGGAUGAGAGACUUGCCUGCACCCAGAAGAAAAGGAACUAAGAAGGCCAUGCAGGCUCGUUUUGACUUCACAGGGAGCUUAAUUGCACCCACUGAGGAUCUGCCCACCCACUUGGGUCUGCACCACCACGGAGAGGAACCUGAGCGGGCAGGUUAUUCCCUGAAGGAACUCUUUCUGCUGUCUCGGAGUCAGAUCAUCCAGCAGAGGAAUCUGGCCCUCAGCACUCUGGCCAACAUCCUCUCAAAGGCACGCGCUGGGGAGUAUCUGUCAGUUCUGAAAGGCAACAUGGUGUCUUCUCUGCUCGACGCCGGUUUGGUCUUUCUGCUCCGAUUUGCACUGGAUGACAGUGUUGAGGGAGUGAUGUCGGCAGCUGUGCAUACACUUAAAGCACUCCUGGUGUCUGCAGAAGAUGAGGAGUGUUUGGACUGCACCUUCUCCUGGUUUCGUGGUCUGGCCUCCUUCCCUCUGCUGCCGACUGCUCAGGAAGAGGAAGACGAGGAAGAUGAAGGUCUGGAUGAAAGUCUCAAGGAGACGGCCAAGGAGAAAGAGGAAAGAAAGAGUGAUCAUGAUGUGGCGAGACAGGAUGUUAUCAAGGGUUUGUUAAAGAUGAAACUGCUGCCCAGGCUACGCUACAUUCUUGAGGUGGUCCGACCAUCGCCUCGGGUGGUUCAGGAUGUGCUGGAGAUCCUGACUCGUAUCGCUCGGCACUCCUCCUCCUCUGCCACACAGGUGUUGGAUUGCCCCCGUCUGAUGGAGACGGUGAUGUCAGAGUUCCUUCCCACUUCCUGGUCACCAUUAGCUUCACUCCCUCCUCUGUCCAUCUAUGGACUACCACUAGCCAGCGCCGUGAAGCUGUUGAGGGUUUUGGCUACCUCUGGCAGACAUGCAUGUGCCAGACUGCUGAAUUCUCUCGGAGUAAGAGAGCGUUUGUCUUGUCUCCUGAGUGCUGAGCCCAGUGAGCUGCUGCUGGAACCGACCGAGGCCCUCAGGAUCACCACGGAGGCCUACAGGCUGUGGGCCGUAUCAGCCGGCUACGGACAGGCCUGCAAAUUAUACAUAGACCUGUAUCCAGCUUUGGUGAAGACGCUGCAGUCCGUCCACAGAGUUCUUUCCCCCUCAGAUCCUUUGCUACCUCUGCAGCUCCAGCGUCUCCUGGCUCAGCUGUCUCUGCUCACACAAGUCACACACACUGCUGGAUGUCACCAGGAGCUACAGGCCGGCAUGGUCAGCUCUCAGGGAGAUGAAUGCCCCCCGCCUCCUCCGGUGUCUUGGGGUCAUGUCACAGGGUUGCAGGCAGCCUUGUUGGGGCAUUUGAAGGGUUUUCUCAAGAGUCUUGAUAAUCCAGUUCAGAAAGACAGCAGCCUCACUGUGAUACCAGCUUACCUGGUCUAUCUAGAAGCUUACUACCACCAGCUCUCCAGACAGAACUGUUUCAAGCCAGUGGAGACUCUCCAAGAACUUGAGUUGCUAACAUCUGAGGUUCUUCUCCCACUAAUGAGUCACGAUUCUGUACAAGGACUGAUGAAGAAUCUUGAGUCUUCAUCAGUAGUGUGUAAUCUUCAGCAGUCCAGUCAUCUGGGCCCAGAAACGACUCCUAACCUGCCUGGUUUGGCUUGUUCAGGAUGGAGGAAUCGUCCUGGACUGGUUGUUCCCAGCUCCCCCUUCCCUCUUCUGACAGGACUGGGGCUCCUCGUGGAAACAAUCACAGGGAUCCAUAAAGGUCUCAGCAAGAAGUUCACUGGCCUCCUCUUGUCAAAGCCUCUGAUCAGUUACCUGCAUCGCUGCAGUCAGGCUACGCCCAAACUUUCUCACACCAGAGCCUGGCUUCUCCGUCAUGAACACCAUCUUCUCUACCUGCUGCUACGGCUGGCACACAGACAGGUUCCAACUGAGCCAGAAGUAGCGAAACAUGCCUCACUUUACCACCAAGUGGCGCUGGUUCUACUGCCAUGGCUAUUGCCAGGCAGUGAAUACCUGGCACACGAACUGCUCUCCACUAUUAUCUUUAGCAAGGACUUUAUAUCAGAAGGACACAGUGGAGGGCCUGAAGCUGUAGAGUUGGGGGAGCUGAAGCUUCACGAGGAGACACAACAACACACUUCUCCAUCGCUGCAGACUGUCGGCGCUCUCCUGAGAGAAGCUUGCGUCCAGCUGCCGUCCAUACGAGGCUGUUUUCUCACUCACCUGGCCCAUUUGGAGUCCUCUGUACUGGUGUCCCGGGAUGCUAUCCUGGGCCACAACCCUUGGAUCAAAUCCCAUCUCCUCCCAGAGCUCACUGGUCCCAUCCUGCCUUUAGACUGGCCUUUUCUCCCACUCGUCAGCCUGUACGAGAGAACAGGGGUGUCUGAUGGUGGGGGGCUGGCGGUGGAGGAGCUUCCUCAGGGCUCUCUGCAGGCAGUGACGCACUGUCUGCAGUGGCUGCUGCUGCUGGAGGUCUGGAGGGAGGAUACCAUAAAGGCGGUCCUUCCUGUGGCUAAGCUCGCCCGCCUGUCCUGUGUGUUCCUGUGUUCCAGUGACUUGUUCCUGGAGAGGCCUGUUCAGAAACUGACCUGGGGUCUAUUCAGACUGCUGACAAGGGGAUCCAGGCUGGACUCUUUGGACCUGAACGAGCCUCCUCCAGGUCUUGCCUCCUUCCAGGAUUUGUACUCGGCUCUUUUGGCCCAAUAUGAAGCCGUGUCUUUUGGAGAUCGGUUGUUUGGCUGCUGGGUGCUCUUGCCUCUGCAGAGGAGGUACAGCGCCACCAUGAGGCUGGCCGUGUUUGGGGAACAUGUGGGGAUGCUGAGGUCCCUUGGGGUCACUCUGGCACAGCUGUCCAUCCCUAUUGAACGGUUCACGUCCCCCCCUGAAGACUCCCUUCCUGUCCUCCGUCUUUACUUUCGCUCUUUGGUGACGGGGACCCUGAAGUUCUCCUGGUGUCCCGUCUUAUAUGUGGUUGCAUUGUCUCACGUUAACUCCUUCAUCUUCUCUCAGGAUGCUGCAGCACAGGAGGUUGAAAUAGCUCGACACAGUAUGUUGAGGAAAAUCUACUACCUGACUGAUGAGAUGUUGAAGAACCACUUGCUGCUCUUCCGUUUGCCCCAACAGCACUCAGAGCUCGGUUUCAAUACGUACGAACAGUUGCCUCCCAUCAGGGCGAAGCGUUUGGCGAAUGUUGUGGGACUGCAGGACAGCAGCAAUGACAAAGGAGACUGAGGAGAGCAAAGAGUGGUGAAAUAAAGAGGUAGUGUGCCAAAAACAGAAGAUACAGUGGAAUGACGGUAUGAGACUGUUAAGAAGUGGAACAGCAGGUGAAAGAGAAAAGUAGAAGAUGCUGAAAAAGAAAAAUUAGCAUUGGGAGAUGUUUAUUUAAAAUGCUAAAGGUGUGAAAUCAAGCUGUACCUUGGACAGAGGGGCAACAUGGACACAUAAAAUGAUUCUGUGGUGCAUUUUAUAAAGGAAACCAAACCUGAGAUGGACUCUACAGCCUUGCAAAUAAUUUUUAGCACUUAUUUUAGCCUGUAUAGAGUAUUUUACGCUGGGAAUCUGAAGUCUGUUUAGUAAUGAUCAAAUGUUAGAUAGAAAUGCUAAAAAUUAGGUGCAGAUGCAUCAUAGUACAGGCCCUACAUAACUUGUCUUGUUUUUCUGUCUGAGUCCAGUAUGUUGCCUGAGUUACUGUGUUCUCUUGUGUGUGGAAAAUUGCCCAGGACAGUUCAUGGCAUCUCAGAGGAAAGAAAAAUAUUGUAAUUUACAAGUGCCUGAAAUGGUCUCUUUUUUGGAAUAAAACAUGAAUCCUAUAAUAA